AUGAACAAAAGAGUCCGGUUGACCGAGAAUGUGAGCUCCAUUCUAUUAGAUCACAUUCCUCCAAAUCUUAAGGACUUCGAUGUUGCCACCAAUUCAUGUUUGAUCGGAGAUUACACCAUCGAUAGGGCCCUUUUGGAUUUGGGAGCGAGCAUGAACCUACUUUCUUAUUCGGUCUACCAACAAAUUGGUCUAGGAGAGCUUAAGCCUACCCCAGUCACUUUGAUCUUUGCUGAACGAUUUGUCAAAGUGUCCCAGGGUGUUGUUGAGGAUAUCCUAGUGAAGGUUGAUACAACCAUUGUCUUGGAUAUAUCCUUUGACAACAUGAAGCUCAGGCUGAAAUUUUUUUCCUCCUCCCAACACCCAUCCUAUGAUGUCCAAUGUGUGGACAUAGAUAUGAUUUACGAGUGUGUUGAGGAAAUUUCCCCCUUGAUGCUUUUGAGGGACCCCCUUGAGACUAUGUUUUUGCUUGAUCGUCCUUCCAUCUUAGGUCUAGAGGACCCAUAUGAGCAUAUUUCUGCUAUUUGUGACUCGGUUUCUAACCUAGAGAAAAGGCCUUGGAAAGCUAAGUUUGAAACUCUUCCUACUCUUUAUAGCAUUCCAGCACAUCCUUCCAUAGAGGCACCACCAUCGCUUGAGUUGAAGCCCCUUCUGGCUUCCAUCAAGUAUGUCUUCUUGUACCCCCACAAGACCCUGCCUGUUAUCAUUUCAUCUAGCUUGACUAGUUCAUAG